AAACAUCAAGCAUCUCAAAAACCUACAACCACCAUAGGCAUAGCGCUGCCGCAGCAGUUACUGUGCUGCCCCCUCCAACUCUGUGCUCCGCCGUGUUGCCGCGCUCCCAUUGGCCGCCCAUGGGCUCCUGCCUCUCCACCCAGCCCGGCGACGGGGCGGCGUGGCCGCAGCGGUGGCGCAAGAGGCGCGGCGACGAGCGGGAGGGCGCCGCGGCUGCCGGCGGCGGCGGCUUCGGCUUCUUCUCCAGCGGCGGUGGCGGUGGAGGCGGCAAGAAGCUCCCUGGCGGCGGGGAGAUGACGGAGGAGGAGCUCGCGCGGGUCGCCGGGAGGACGUGCGCGAACGGCGCGAGCGCGGUGGCGUGCCUCCACACGCAGCAGGGGCGGAAGGGCACCAACCAGGACGCCAUGGUCGUGUGGGAGAAUUUCAAUUCAAGUGAUAGUGUCUUCUGUGGCGUCUUUGAUGGUCAUGGGCCAUAUGGUCAUUUUGUGGCCAAGAAAGUUAGAGAUUCUCUCCCUGUCAAGUUACUCACACAAUGGAAAACCAGUGGUAAUGGGGGUACUAGUCCUCAACUAAACGGAAGCAUUUCCGCAAGUUUGAACUCUGAAGAAACGGCAUCUGCUAUUGAUGAUGAAUGGGGUGAGUCUGUUGAUGUUGAUGGGAGUGAUAUGCUUCCUGAGAUGUUCGUUCCACUUAAGCAGUCUUAUUUGAAGGCAUUCAAAUUAAUGGACAAGGAGCUCAAGCUGCAUCCUACAAUUGAUUGCUUUUGCAGUGGCAGUACGGCAGUCACGUUGGUCAAACAGGGAUGGGAUCUUGUAGUUGGAAAUCUUGGGGACUCGAGAGCAAUAAUGGCGACACGGGAUGCUUCUAACCAUCUAACUGCUGUUCAACUCACUGUUGAUUUGAAGCCUAACCUUCCCAAGGAAGCUGCGAGGAUCCAGCAAUGUAGAGGAAGAGUUUUUGCUCUUCAGGAUGAACCAGAAGUUUCCAGGGUAUGGUUGCCAAAUAAUGAUUCUCCUGGAUUGGCAAUGGCAAGAGCUUUUGGAGACUUCUGCCUUAAAGAUUAUGGUUUAAUAUCUGUUCCGGAGAUAUCAUAUCGCCGUCUGACUGAAAAGGAUGAGUUUAUAAUAUUAGCCACUGAUGGGGUUUGGGACGUUCUCUCAAACAAGGAGGCUGUUGAUGUUGUAGCUGCAGCCCCAUCUCGAGCAACGGCCGCCAGGGCUCUUGUUGAUUGUGCUGUCAGAUCAUGGAGAUUGAAGUUCCCAACAUCCAAGAGUGAUGACUGCGCUGCUGUUUGCUUAUUCCUGGACCAUGGAAACUCACCUGACUCGGUUGAAGAGAAUGAAGCCAAGAAUGGAGAAGAACCUGCCGUGGAGGCUUCGAUCCCAGAUGCUAGUGUUUAUGAAAACACUGCAGACGUAAAUGUACAUUCCUCCAGUCAAGAGCAAAUCCCCGAGCCCACAUUGGAACACUCAUCCACGCUUAGAAACGUUGAUGAGAUUAUGCCAGUGGACGAACCUCCUGUCUUGAAGGAACCUGAAAGGUGCGCCUCUGCACGUAGCCUGGCUGACUGCAUAUCCACUAACGAGGAGGAGGAAUGGUCUGCGCUUGAAGGCGUGACACGGGUAAAUUCCCUCUUGAACCUCCCUAGAAAACUGUCAGGUGACAAGAGAUCGACCAGCUGGAGGAAACGGCGUUGAAUGAACACCAAGAAAAAAACCAUCUGCUCCGGUGAAAGUCGUUCAGGGUACUCACAUAGGCGCAUCUCAGCCGAUACAAGCAUUUUCAGCCGAGUGCAAAAUUCUUCGGUCUGGGGACUUGUUCUAGCCAAUUUUAGGCCCCUUCCCCAGAUUGUUCCGGACUGGCAGGGCUUGUACAUUCAAGAAGAUUGUUUAUUCAUUCUUGUGCUCUUUGUCAGGAGGUGUUCCAUGCUUGGGCUUCUUUACUUGUUUGUGUAUAACAAAGUUUUUGUUCUGUGAGAAGCUUUUUUCUGUAAAUCAUCUAAGGUCUCCCUUUGUAACGGUAGAUGGGUUGAUGUUCGCUUACCGUUGUUGUACCAGAACAAGGAUUCAACCCUACAUGUGUAGUAUGUAUGUCAUAUGGAUAUUCUCCUCGAAAGUCUGUAAAAGCUGCUUUUAUUCCUACCGAUUCUUCACAAGAUUA